AAAGAAAAGUGAUUGCUACUUGUUCAAGUCCACCAUGUCUAUCUGAUCAGUAGAUAUUGGGAUAGUAGAGAGAGAGAGAGAGAGAGAGGACAUGGCGAGGGAUAGCUGUCUGGCAAGGGUUACGGCGGGAUUCGCCGUCGGCGGUGCUGUUGGAGGCGCUGUGGGUGCUGUUUAUGGAACUUAUGAGGCUAUAAGAUACAAGGUUCCAGGUCUUUUAAAAGUACGAUAUAUUGGGCAAACAACACUAGGGAGUGCUGCCGUUUUUGGACUUUUCCUGGGAGCUGGAAGCUUAAUACAUUGUGGGAAAUCCUACUAGGGUCUUCCACUCUAGUUUGCAUCAAGUGAAACUUGCAUUGUGUUGGAUGAGUUGCUCUAAAUCACAAGUCUUUAGAUGUCACUCACUAAUUUUUCUUGGCCUUUCUGCUUACUGUGUGGUGCUUUUGUAAGUCCAAAACUGUUCUCCAGUAGAGCAUCACGGGAACAAACAUGCUUUCCGGUUGUCAUUUUCAUCCUAGUCUGAGCAGUGUUUAGCUAAGCAAUUGGCCUUUAGAAAUGGCUACUUACAUCAUGAUCUAUAAGUAUGAUUUCAUCAGGACUAAUACAAUAAUUUGCAGUGUCCUGUGUAUUCAUAAUGACUUCUCAGAAUAGACUGUUUUGAUAAAUUUUUAUGGUUCCAUUAGGAAUCCUGUCUUUUUUCC